AGCCCGCGGUGACAGCGAGCGGGAGAGCCGGGAAGUCAGCGCUGAGGAAUCUGCACCAACGCCACGAGGAUCCGCUCGGCGUACACAGGAGCCGAGGCUGGGAGGAGGCGGGCGCCCUCCCCGCGGCGCUGCCCACACUCCAGCCGCGCUUCCCUGCCCCAAAUCGUCCCGCAUUGCCCCGCACCGUGGGCAUCCGCUCACCCCUCCCGGUGCGGGGCUGCCACCGAGGCAAAGGGGAGCUGCUGGUGACACCGCCGCUGACAGCGAUGUCAUGCUGACAUCCCACGGGGAGCAGAUGCUUUGAUCACCUGCCCAAGCGCAUCCUCAAAGGCAGUUUGGGCAGGAUGCGGCCGUGAGCAGCGCCUUCCCGCCUGCACCCUGGGGCACUCAGAACAGGGUACACAGCGCCCGCACAUCCCCCCGUCCCCAGGAUGCGCUCCCACACCGCCGGCUGCCCACCGUGCUCCUACUCCAGAACAAGACUGAAAGCGCUGCAUGCUGCUGGCAUGUUGUAGCCUCAUGCAGGCGUCCCUCGGAGACCCCAGAGCGGUGGACGGUAAUGUGAAAACGAUCCUCAUGUCGUGUCUGAAAGGGCAACAGGUCAUCAUUAAAAUGGAGGCGAUGAAGAUCAUCCACCCGGAAAAGUUCUCGGAGCUGCAGGCCGCACCUCCACGCUACGCACCCGCGCCGCGCCGGGAGCCGCCCCUGGUGGCCAAACGAGCGUGGCCCUCUGAGUCCGAGAUCAUCGUCAACCAGGCGUGCGGGGACAUCCCGGCAUUGGAUGCAGCCCCCGCGCCGCUGCCGCUGCCCCGGACUCCCCCUCUGCCGCGGCGCGAGCGCGGGUACCAGAGCCAGCGGAAGGGCAGCUCGGAGGUGUGCUUCCACCGGCAGCCGCCGUCAGAUGAGGUGAUCGUCAACCAGUACGUGCUGCACCCCUCGACGCCCUGCGAGCCCCUCGAGUGCCCCACCUGCGGCCACAUGUACAACUUCACCAACAAGCGGCCGCGCAUCCUCUCCUGCCUGCACUCGGUGUGCGAGGAGUGUCUGCAGAUCCUCUAUGAGUCGUGCCCCAAGUACAAGUUCAUCUCCUGCCCCACCUGCAAGCGGGAGACCGUGCUCUUCACCGACUACGGGCUGGCGGCGCUGGCCGUCAACACCAGUAUCCUGAACAGACUGCCGGCCGAGGCCCUGGCCGCCAACCCCGUGCAGUGGAGCAGCGACACCGACCGCAGCUGCUACCAGACCUUCCGCCAGUACUGCGGGGCCGCCUGCACCUGCCACAUCCGAAAUCCGCUGUCUUCCUGCACCAUCAUGUGAACCCUGUGCCCCGGCCCCAGGAGGGAGAGGACGGCAGCGCGUGUGUCAGCAGUGCCUGGCGUGGGAUGCUCCGUGCACAUGGGGAUGCGCCGGCCCUCAGCACGGCCACAGA